AUGAGCCGAAAGGGGGAGGGUGCUGAUCCAGGCGACCGCAGCCACACCGCCGCAAGCGGGGCAGGGAACAUGUCGGGCGGCGGGAUGCCUGGAAUCCCAUUCAGCAGUGUCACUGUGCAUGGGAAUGGGUAUCCGAGAAAUACUGCCAGCAACGGCAGCGCGGGAGACGCGGCGCACCAGCUGUACCACCACCCGAUGCAGCAGCAGCAGCAACGAUACCGACAAGAACCGCAGCCUCAGCUUCAUCAGCAGCAGCAGCCAUUCGGUCCCACCGCGUUUCCCAACCACCUCCACCACCCGAGCCACAUGAGUCUGCCUGAAUCCUACCAUGCGUCUGUAUCAGCAGCAGCAGCAGCCGCAGCAGCAGGAGCAGGAGCAGGAGGAGGAGCAAGUUUUGUUUCAGCGUCGUCCAACCUCAUUCCCGAGCGGCAUCCGAUGCAAAGUGCCCACCCCGCGCACGUCAUCUACCUCCCACAACAACAUCAGCAGCAGCAGCAUCAACAACCACAGCCAUCCUUGCAGCAGCAGCAGCCGGCGAUGCAGCAGCCAGCGCAGGCAAUGUUUGGCUCUGGCUCGCUGCUGCAAAGUCAGAACCAACAAGGUGUGAAGUCCACUCCUCCUCCCCCUCCAAGUCAUCUGCUCCACUCGUUCCAACCACACCAACCGCCCCACCUGCAGGAGCAGCCCCAGCCACAUCAACUCUAUCCUCAGCUCCAUCCACAGCAACAACUACUACAACAGCAGCAGCAGCAGCAGCAGCACGGUUCAAACCAGUCGUGUUCCACCCCGUUUCCCACUUCUUCUUCAGCUGCUUUGGCGCCAUCGCAAAUGGCGCUGCACCUCUCACACCCAAGUGGUGACCCGCCAUCAGCAUCGCCAUCAUUAGCCUCACUACAGCAGCAUCAGCAACAGCAACAGCAGCAGCAGCAACAACAGCAACAGCAGCAUCCGCUGCCAAACGGCACAAACCACAGCGCUCAUAUCGCGUUACACGCGUCGCCACCACCGCCCCAGGUCGCCUCCUCGGCGCGUCUGCCGCCCCAGUCCCAGCAGCCACAGCAGCAGCAGCAACUACAGUAUCAGUACCAGCAGCCGCAGAUGCAGAUGCAGCCGCAGAUGGCCAUGCAGCUCGUCAACGUUGCCGGCCAACCGCAUCAACCGCAGGUCCCCUUCCUCGGUUCCUCUCCUCAGCAGACGCAGUACGCACCGUCGUUCCAGACCCAGCCCCAGCCCCAGCAGCAGCAGCAAGCGUCGUUCCAGGUCUACCCCCACCAUCCGAUUCAGCAGCAGCAGCAGCAGCAGCAGCAGAGUGGCGGAGCAGUCGUGUUGAGCGCUGGGAAACCUUCCGUCUUGAACGGCAACGUUGUUGCUCUGCCGACCCCAUCAUCGUCGUCAUCGUCGUCCCCGGCGUCCAUGUGGCUCGGCAAGAGUGGCAGCGAUCUCUCUCAGGGUAGCAAUUUUAUGGUCGCAGUGCCUCCCUCUCAGCAGCAGCAGCAACUCCAACAACAACAACAACAGCAACAACAACAAACGAGCUCACACGGACACAAUAAUGGACCCGUCACUGGACCAGCCUACUAUGUGCUGAACGGCGCGUCCUACGCACCCCAGCCACCACAGCAGGCAGCAGCAACGACUUUGUCAGCAGGCUCAGGGUCGGUCGGCAUCGCGGAGCAGCCGAGACCAGUCCUUUUCGAUCAGCAGCAGCAGCAGCAACAGAAACUCCCCGCCACGAUGCUCGCCAGCAGCACGUACACGUAUGUGUCAUCCCCGCACCACCCCAUGCUGGGCGGCGGGCCACAGCAUCAACCGCCUCCCUCAAUGAUGCUGCUGUCUCAAGCGCUGAACCAACAGCAGCAGCAGCAGCAGCAGCAUCAACAACAAGCAGGAGGGCAGCAGCAAGGUCCGCUGAUGCACCCAACGCCCUUUCACACUGCUCUGACUCCGCACCCGCAGCCCCACUACGCCCUCGCCCCGCACCAACAGCAAGGCCAGCAUCAAAUACAGCAUUAUGGCAUGGGUGGCGGUGGCGGUGGCGGUCCGCAGCUCGUCUUCCAGGCGCCGUCAGCCGGACACUUUUACGGGGAUCACGCGAGCGUGGCACAAAACACCCAACCGCAAACCCAACCUCCGCAGCAGCAGCAGCAGCAGGCCUUCCAGUACCCGCAGUUCCACCCCUCCUACCACCCUCAUCAGCAGCAGCAGCAGAUGCAGAUGCAGAUGCAGCCGCAGCAGCAGUACCAGCAACAGCAACACUUGCAGGGCGAGGGUGUGAAAGUGGCGACGGUGACGACGCCGCCUGUUACACCUGUCAACGGCAGCCAAACCGCAUCGGCAUCUGCACGGGCCGAGAUGCCGCCCCAGCACCAACCCCAGCACCAACCCCAGCAGCAGCAACAGCAGCAGCAGCAUCAACAACAGCUGCAACACCAACAGCAGCAGCAACAGCAGCAGCAUGAGCAUGCCGAAACAGCAGCCGCAACAGCCGACUCUGCUUCCAGUUCUUCCAGCGUUACCAAGCCAAAACCACACGUCGCGACCGCGUCAGGCACCACCGCUGCAAAACCAUCAUCCGCAGCAACAGGAUCCGAGACUGCAUCAGCACGGACGGACUCGGAAGCACCGUCAACUUUGCCCAGUUCUGCCGCCUCGUCCUCCUCCACUUCCACCGCUGCCGCCGCCCCCGCCGCCGCCACCCCCGCCGCUGCCCCCGCCGCAAAGGCCAGCAAAGCCAGCAAGUCAACAAGCAAGAGCACCAAGCAAGCUGCGUCCUCCAGGCAUGCAGGGUCGCCAGGUGGCUCAGAUGGCUCGUCGUCGGAAAAGUCAAUGCAAUACGACGAGGAUGAUUUCGACAUGCGCGAGUACAUGGGAUACGACUCGGACGACUAUUCGCUAGUCGAACGAGAGGCUGUCGACAAUCAACCAACCUCAGGCACCAAACGCCGGCGAGCUGCGGACGACGAUGGCGAUGACUCUGCCAAUGACUCUGGCCAAAGCGACGAAGAGGACGACGAUGGCGAGGACGACGACGCAGACGACUACCGCAAGGGUGGCCGACGAGGAGGUCGCAAAGCGCGGGGUCGUUCCGGCAAGACCGCCAGUGGGCGUUCUGCAGCCACCCCCAAGAGCCGCAACAAGCGUGUUCGUGUGGACGCAGGUGCUGCAGACGGUGCCGCUGCCGCAGAAGGCUCAGAAGAACGUGGCGCACGUCGCCGCCAAUCACGUCCAAAGGUGCCGUGGACGGACGAGGAGCAUCGUCUGUUCGAGGAGGCACUCGAGCUGUAUGGUCGCGACUGGAAUCAGGUCCGCGAACACGUAGGAACAGGACGCGAUACUUCUGCCAUCCGUAGUCACGCGCAAAAGCAUUUCAUCAAGAUGAUGCUCGCUGAAAUCCCGCUGCCUGCGAAGGUUUGCGAAACGGGAGCAGGCUAUUCUCUGUCUGGCAGACCCCUCGAUCCAGAGGCAGGCAGCCUCCGAGCCUACCGCGAGCGUCCUGCAAAUGCCGGGCGGCGUGGAGGACGCGUUCCCCAUCCCAGUCAAGCUUCUUCAUCUUCGAACGCCGCGGCGCCUGCCGAUGCUGCUAAUGCUGUGGCGGAUGGCGACGAGGAAACGGAUGGCAGCUCCGCCAACAGCACUCCGAAGCUUUCUGGAGCGUAA